AUGCUUGAACGAAGCAGCAGCUUUAGAAUACCUGGAGCUGAGAUACUUGACCUAAGACUCGCUCUUUAUGAGCACAAAGAAGUAAUUGAGAGGCUCCAAGAUGAGUUAAAUGCAGAGAGGGAGGCAUCUGCCACAUCAGCGAGCGAGGCCUUGUCAAUGAUUCUUAGGCUGCAAGGAGAGAAAGCUGAGCUGUCCACUGAAGUUAAACAGUACAAGAGGAUAGCCGAAGAAGAGAUGUCUCACGCUGAGAUGUGGUUUGCGCAUUUGGAGGAUUUUAUUCACCAGAAAGAGCUUGUAAUCACUGCGCUUGAGUACCAAGUGGAAGCUUAUAGAAGCCAGCUUUUGAGCUUGGGGUAUAGUGACUUGAAUAGCUUAGAUGCUAAGCUUCAAGAGAAUGAUAAGAAGAUGAAUCAUCAUCAUGAGUCAUUGAGUGAUAGAUCUCAAAUACCCUUUCCAGAAUUGGUUAAUGAUAUUUCUAUUCCUGUGGAGAAGGAAGUUAUUAAGGAGAGUUUGGAUUCAGAGAAGAGUUACUUUGAUGUGUACUGGGACCAUAUCAAGAAGCUGGAUGAGAAAGUGAAAGAGCUUAAAACUGAGGACGCUCUGAAGAUGAAGGUUGCAAAGCCGACAAAGAUGAAAAAGAAAUCAACUAAACAGACAAGAGACAGAAGCGGCAAGAGAGACCGUGCAGAGUAUCAAGCUGAACUGCAGCGGUUGAGACAGAGAGUAGAGCAGCUUGAGAGGGAAAAAACAAAGACAAUGCCUGAAACUAGUGGAGUGAUUAAGCAAGAAGAGAUAAAUUGUCUGAAGGAAAUGAAGGAGGAGGUAAGUCCUGUGCAAUCAUCUGAAGUAAAGAGCUCUAUUACAAUGGAGAAUUUACAACCAUGGAUCGAUCCAACCAUUGUUUCUGUUCAAGAGGCAAUGCUUAAUUUCUGGCUUUGAGACAAAGAAGAUUUCUAUUAUACUAUUUUGUGUUUGUCAUUGUGUUCUGUUUUUGUUUGCCUCAUGCUGAGAUCUGUAACUUUUUGUAUAAAACCGGUCACAGCCGUUCUCUGUAGAUUGACUUUGUGUAUACGUAAACCAAAAACGUCAUCUUGCAUCUUUUGUGUAUGUAACUAUGUAUUGAAGAUAAAUGCAACGGUAUUGACAAGACAA